AUGUCUAGUUUAACUCUUCAAUCAUCAUCAUCUUCCUCAUCAUCCACUCAAACAACAGCAAAAAGCUUAUGGCCCUUCACUUUUCUCAUUGCACUGGCAUUAUCCGCAGCUGUUAUCUAUCAGCUCGACUCCUUCGAUUUCGCCGUGCCGACUCUGAAAGGUAACACCACAGUCGCAGUACCGGAAAUAAACAUCCACAUCCUUAAAGGAUGGGAAAAAGUUGGACUUGGUAGAUUGUGGGCACCCGAAGACAUAGCUUAUGACCCAAAUGCCAGAGUGAUAUAUACCGGUUGUGGGGAUGGGUGGAUAAAACGGGUCACGGUGAAUGAUUCAGCCGCUGACUCGGUGGUUGAGGAUUGGGUUAAUACCGGCGGCCGUCCUCUAGGAAUUGUACGCGGACUUGAGGGAGAAGUUAUCGUUGCUGAUGCUGAUAAGGGAUUGUUGAAAGUGAGUUCAGACAGGGGAAUCCAAUUAUUAACAGAUGAAGCAGAGGGUCUAAAAUUUGGACUAACAGAUGGUGUAGAUAUUGCUGAGAAUGGGGUGAUUUAUUUCACUGAUGCUUCUUACAAGUACAGUUUCAGGGAAUUCACUUUGGAUCUUCUUGAGGGUAAACCUCAUGGAAGAUUCAUGAGUUAUGAUCCAGCCACUAAGAAAACUAAAGUGCUUGCCCGAGACCUUUACUUUGCUAAUGGAGUGUCUGUCUCCCCUGAUCAACAAUUUGUCAUCUUCUGUGAAACCCCUUUAUUCAUUUGUAAGAGAUACUACAUAAAUGGCGAGAAAAAUGGAUCAGUGGAAAUAUUUAUCGAUAACAUCCCUGGAAUGCCUGAUAACAUUCGGUACGAUGGGGAGGGACAAUUCUGGAUUGCUUUAACCUCGGGAGUUACAUAUGUUCGGAGGCUGGCACAACGAUAUCCCUUCAUCCGGAAGAUUGCAGGGUUGAUGGAGAAGUAUGUAGGCCUCCCAAAUCAGGGGUACAGUGGAGGUGUAUUGGCUGCUGAUUUGGAAGGGAAACCUACUUUACAUUACUACGAUCAAGAUUUGUUCCUCACUUCAGGUGUUACUAAGAUUGGAGACCAUCUGUAUCUUGGUUCAAUAAAUAAACCUUACAUACUUCGUCUCAACAUCAAGGACAAAGAGAAUACAAUGAUGUAUGAUAGAUUAGGGUUUAUGUUGGUUGGUUGUUUGGAUGUUUUAGGUGUUGAUUUUGAGUUAUCAAUGGCACGUAAUGUAUCAUACAUGCUUAAUUUGUAUCAUACAAGUAAGUAUGUGAUAGAGAACGGUAGCAUCAACACUUUUUCGAAUAUACCGGAUGAUGGUUUGUUUGUCGAAGAAAGGUUGUCAUAUGAGGGAUUGAUUAGUAAGAUUUGUAUGACCCUUGGUUGGGAUCCAAGACACGUGAAACUCCACCUUUCUUUGAUUUUCGAUAGUCCCGGUGGUAGGCGUGUAGUGAAGAUCAAGAAUGAUUCGCAUGUAGAGUUCAUGAACCGUGUAGAUCCAAUGUCAUGUUUGGAUUUAUACAUAGAUUUGGAAGAUAUCACUCAAGAAGAAAGAGAAGCGAGUUUGGAAAACGUGUCAUUUGGUGAUUUUCGAAGGGGGGAACGUGCUAGUACUUCUCGAAACCGUGAUGAAGAGGAGACACCUUUAUUUGCACAAAAUGACUACCGGGAAGAGUUGGAUUCCGACUACAUAGCUCCAAGUGAAAGCGAAGAAGACGUGAUGUCUCCGGAGAGAGUGAUUUUGAAGAAAGUGAUGAUGAAAGGUUGGAAAAUGAGGAAAGGGAUUGUAAUCUAUUCGCCCGACGCCAUGUAUAUAGUAAGAUGGGGAACUGGGAUGCCUCAUGUGUAG